UAGUUUACUUUCUGCCUUACGUCCACAAAGUCAUCACCUCGACAUUUUAUGCUGCUAGACAUUUGUCUGAAAUUGUGAUGGCGACAUUAGAGGCCAUUGGUAUUACGCAGCACAAGCUAGCGUUUUUUGAAAGUCAAAUUAGAUUGACAGAACCCCUUUCAUGCUUUUGCAUGUCUCACCACAGCGACCUGCCUCCAGUUAUCAGGAUACAAACAGAAUAAGCUUUUGUGUUUUUCACUUCCUUGUUUCUGCUUCGGUCUGGCGUGCUGCUCUUAUUUGUGGGAACAGUCGGGUUCAACAGACGGAGUGAGACGCUGCUGUGAUGGUUCACUGAUACAGCUGUUUUCAGACACACUCAUCGACGCAUAUCAUGUGACCGAUCAAGGAAUAGAGUCUAGUGAUCGGUGUUUAUGAAAAAAAGAAGAGCUGUCUUAUACAAAAUGGACAUAAAGAACAGGAUGUGGACAUUAUGCGUUCUUUAUAUCCUGGGACUAAACAUCUGUCAGACUGCUGGACAAGAGAAUUCAACACAAAUGUAUUACAUCAAACUGAUAGUGGAGGAAAGUGCAAUCCCAAACGUAUCAGCGGCACUGAGACCUUUUGUCAAAAAUACCAACGUGAAAGUUUCUGACCUUAAAAUGACUACACGCUGUUCGAAGGUCCAGGGCGCCACACAGUGCAGCUGCGAGCCGUCCUUCAGGUGGAGCGAGACACUUUGUCAGGAACCUGGACAGAAAUGUAACGGGAGCUGUUGCAGCUUCACCAACCGGACUGCAGCCAUGUGUGUUUCAAACGAAACAGUAUCCAUAAGGGGAUCCAUUACUUUAAAUGGACUGGAGUAUUACAAGUGUCUGAAAGGAAAAGACUUUGAGGAAUUUAAGCAGUGUGAUACCUCUUUGAUGGAAAAGAUGAAAGCAGUGUACAGCACCAUGGCAGGAUUUGACACCUUGAAAAUUAGCAAAUACAGGGUUGGAAGCGUCAUUGCAGAUUUUGAAAUGACCUUCGCUAAUCAGAUCAAGCAACAAUAUUUGAUUAAUGGGUCAAAAAGCCUGGGCAGCAAUCUGUCAGCAUCAGUUUAUCUGGAGACUACAGGUGUCGUCCGUUUAUUUAUGCUGCCCAAAAACCAAGUGUGCUACUACGAUACCCCCACCCUCACAUGUGAGGUGCAGGAGGACCUGCAUACACAGCCAGUGUGGCAGCUGAAGAGAGCGGACAAAGUUUUUGAGAUAUUUACUGGCACAGAGGCCGAGGUGACGAGAAACACAAUGGAGACCAAAGUCUUCCUCCGAAACAUAUCGGAACUCUGGGCAGGAGAGUACACAUGCAUCUAUCCCCAAGUGAAUAACUUCAUCAAGAUAAACCACACAGCCAGCGCUGUAUUGAACGUCUAUCUCCUGCCAAGUAUUGACAUCACCAUGACGCCGCCAUUUCCACACUGCUCAGGUUCCGAAUUGGUGACAGUAAAAGUAACAUGUCAAAUAGCGAGCAACAAUGAAAGCUAUAAUGUGACAUGGACAGAACACAAGCUCGUUGGUCUUUUCCCAGUAACUAAUGAUGCUCUUACGGCUGAUGUAGUCGCUAGCUGUAAGAACUCUCAGGUUACACCCGACGUAACGUGCACUUUUAAGAACAAGUGCGGAGAAGAGAGAAAGGCUUCAGCUGCUGUCAAUAUCAUAUAUGAAAAUGAAAAAUUCUGUCCAGCUGAUGGUGACUGGAAAGACACUAAAGCCGGAUUCGAGGCUGUGUUAAAAUGCACAAGUGGGACCGGACAAAGAAAGAGGAAAUGCCAAACAGGUGGGUCAUGGGACAUUGAGAGCUCAUCGUGUGUGACAGUGAAAGUGAAUGAUGUGCUUCAAAAAGCAAAGAUCAUUGACAUUGGACUUGGCGCAUUAGAUAAAAAUGCUGCAGAAGUGUUUUCCCUCCUUCACAAUGUCACUAAUGACUCAGUGACUAUCAACAGCAGCCCCGACAUCGGCGCGUCUGUCUCAGUGCUCUUCAGCUUGGGUCAAAAGAUAAAAAGCAUAGAUAAUGAAUUGACAGUGGCUGACUUUCUGGCGUCAUCCAGCAAUAUGCUCAACAGCUCUCUUGAACUGUCAUGGACCAACGCAGGGGACAUAGGCAAUAUUACAUUAGCUGAGGCAUAUCUACUUUCCCUUGAAAAAUUGAUUCAUAAAGCCAACCUAAGCCAUGCAUCUGAGACACACAAUGUAGACGCAGUCGUAUCAAAUUGCAACCAGAGGUCAAAAUGUUCCGCAACGGUGUUCAAUGACAUAGUUGAACUUGUUGGUCAGGACCCCGGCGACGUAAAGACAGCUGGGUUCAAAGAGCUGGAGAACUAUUUGCCCAACCACUAUGAGAUGUACGAGCCUAACAGCAACAUUGUGUCAGUAACAACUGAAAACCGACAAUUCCAACCAACGGUUCGAAUCAACUUCUCGUUGAUCAAGCCGAGGCCUCGCGAUGUUCAAAUAAUAUGUGUCGCAUGGGACAACAACACCAGGAGUUGGUCAGAAAAAGGAUGCGAAUGGGUUGCAUCCUCCAAUGGGGGACUUUGCAUUUGCCAACAUUUGUCCUCAUUUGCCAUCCUAAUGUCAAGGUCUCCCAUAGAACUCAAAGGCCUCACGCAGUUGACCUUAGUGGGACUGUCCGUAUCAGUGAUGUCACUCAUUGUCACCCUCGCGAUCGAGCUGACGGUCUGGAGUUCUGUGGUGAAGACAGAUCAGUCGUAUAUACGGCAUACCGCUCAGCUGAACAUUUGUCUCUGUUUGCUCGUUGCAGAUUGCUGCUUUUUGGCAUCUUUGAAGCCCAGUUACGAUAACAAAGAAAUGUGGUGUCAGAUCUUUGUGUUGUUGAAACAUUUCAGUUUCCUGUCCGUGUUCUUUUGGAUGUUUAGUCUGAGCAGUGUGCUUCUUCUUAACAAUGUUUUUGUGCUCCAUGCUGUGAGCAGGAAAACAUACCUGAGGAUGUCAUUGGUCCUGGGCUACGUGUGUCCUUUGCUGAUUGCUAUUAUCACAUUUCUGUGCUACGAUCAGGGUGCUGAAGGGGCGUACUACAGUAGUAAAACGUGUUGGCUGCGUUACACUGGACUUCUGGAAGGGUCAAUCCAUACAUUUGUGAUCCCAGUCGGUGCGAUCGUUUUCUUCAACGUGUUCUCCAUGGUGGUGGUCAUCGUUAAGCUUUUAGAUCGCUCUGCGACUACAUGCAGACAUAAUGAAACAGAAAAAAAGGCUGCCGUGACUGUCAUUAGGUCAGUUAUUCUUCUGACUCCAAUCUUUGGUGUGACUUGGAUGUUCGGGUUCGCUGUAAUGCUUAUUGACCUCACAACUGGACUGAUGGCCACAGCAACUCACUACACCUUUACCCUGCUGAACACAUUCCAGGGUUUGUUCCUUUUGUUAACCACAUGCCUGGCAGACAAACAGACCCGGGACGUACUUCUGAAACGUCUAAGGAGAGAUGCGGCAGUUACUGACAGCACCACAAAGUUAAGUCAGCUAUGAAGUUGUGAGGAUCAUCUAAAAUGUGUUUACUCUUACAUCAAAACAGCAUUUUAGACACUGAUAGUACAUUUGCAGCUACAUUGUUUUUCUGAUGUGACUAUUGCUAUUUCCUGUGAAACAUGUCCAUUUUACAAUGGUGUAAUGUUUGUAUAGUAUAUAUAAAACAUUUCCAAAUCA